CGACUGCGAGCCCACGACUGUCACGACUGUCAUGACCACCACCCCGACUCCGUCCAGCGAGGUUCCUUGUGAGACGACCACCGUCACCUACACUACGACCCCGUGCACUGGCUGCGAGCCCACGACUGUCACAACUGUCAUGACCACCACGCCGACCCCGUCCAGCGAGAUUCCUAGCGAGUCUACCGUCACCUACACCACGACCCCGUGCACUGGUUGCGAGCCCACGACUGUCAUGACUGUCACGACUCUCAUGACAACUGCACCGGCUCCUUCGAGCGAGUCUGUUGUUCCUAACGAGUCUAUUGUUACCUACACUACGACCCCGUGCGUUGACUGUGAGCCGACCAUUGUCACGACUGCCAUAACGACUGCACCGGCUCCUUCAAGCGAGGCUGUUGUUCCCAGCGAAUCGGUUGUCACUUACACCGCGACUCCUUGCGCCGGCUGCGAGCCAACGGUUUUGACGACUCUCGUUACGAUUCCGUCUACUCUUCCGACUACUGCGCUGUCUGUACAGUCUGAGCACUCUGCUGUCUCUAGUGCGCCCGCUCUAUCCGAUUACUCUGUGCAUUCAGAGACCACCGUUGUGGUUACUCCCUGCGAUGCAUGCGAGCCAACAACCAUCACCUCCAUGCUAGUUCCGCAAACAUCUGCGAUCUCCCCGACCACGACUGGCCCUGUCCCUACCGAGAUCCGCAAGUGCCAUAUCGUACGUCUGUAGAGUUUCUCGUGUUUGUAGUUACAGCACAUUUCCACUUCGAUCGAUAUGAACAAAUCGC